CCGACGGAGGGCGACCGGCCCGUGCUGACCGUGGAGCUGGUGCACGGGUUGGGCAAUCAGCUCUUCCAGGUGGCCGCGCUGCUGUCGCUCGCCCUGGACCGCCGCCCCGCCUUCGCCGUCGCGCUGCCCGAGGUCGUGGGCCGCGCGGGCGGGCGGAACAGGACCUACUGGCACACCGCCCUGCGCGGGGUCGCCCCGCUGCUGCGGCCGCCCGGCGCCGGCCCGCAGGAGGACCCCGGCUGCGUGCUGGAGCAGGCCCCGCACUUCGACCCCUUCGGCCGCAGCUGCCAGGCCGCCGGCGCCCUCCGUCGCGGAUGGUCCGACGGCCUCGGGCGCCUCGCCGCGGCGUGCCGGACCAUCACGCUCCGCGGCCUCUUCCAGCGCGGCGCCUUCUUCGCCAGCCGGCUCCCCGAGAUCCGCGGGCUCCUGUGGGACGAGGGCACCGCCGCCGCGGCGCGGCGGGAGCUGGGCGCGCUCGGGCGCCCCGGCGGCGGCCUCUCGGUGUCGCUGCACUACCGCCUGGGCGACUACGGCCCGAACGGCUGGGUGCUCGACCAGAGCUACUACGACGACGCGCUGCAGGCGGUGCGCCGGCGGCUGCCCGGCAGGCGCCUGGUAUGCCUCGUGUUCUCGGACGAGCCGGAGCGCGCGUGGCGGCGCAGCGAGGCCCUCGACGGCUGCGACGAGCGGGUGCUGGUGCCGGGCGCGGUCGCGGACGACGUGAGCCUUUACAUGAUGAGCCUGACGGAGGCGAGCGUCCUGGCCGACUCCACCUUCUCGUACUUCUCGGCGGUGCUGGCGCGCGGCGGCAAGCGCAUGGUCGUUGCGCCGCGAGUGCAGGGGCCGCGCGCGGCUUGCUGGGCCUACCUAUCAGAGGGCCUGGCCGCGGCCGGCGUCGGCAACCGACCCUGGUGGCUGGCCCUACCAGCCACCACCCUGUCCGAGGGUGCGCUGCUCGCCGACGAGGUGCUGGAGGCCAGCUGA